CUCUAGUAUUAGAGAAAGCUUCCCAUUGGUCAAUUUGAAGAACACAAGGAUCAAAGUUAUCUACCGUUGGAUUAACUUGAUCCAACGGAUGUAAAUUAACUGACUUUUUCUCAUUCCUCCUCACCUUCUACGAAUCUUAUCCUCCUUUCUCUCUGUAUCGCACUAUCUCUCUCUCAAAAUCUUAUCCUCCUAUCUCUCUGUACACAAUGAACAACAAAUCAACAAAGACUGAGAGAAGAAGAAGCAAUCUCACUAUCUCUAUGUCACUAUAUCUCUCGCACAAGAAGAAGGAGAUGUCACGAAGAAGCAGAGAUGGAGAGGGAGCUUCGGUGUGGCUCUACCUCAUCUCGUCGCCACCUCUCUCCAUUUCGUCUCCGGUCAUCAAGUUCUUCUCAGCCUCUCUUUGCCAUGAACCUCGCCGGUCAAGCUCUCUCUAUCUCUCUGAUUUUGUAUUGUUUUUGGUAAAGUAAGGUGGCUGGUGAGGAGAGGUGGUGGUCGCGAGCUUGAAGACAGGUACAACGUCGUGGUGUGGGGGUGUUGCAAGCCGAAGACUGGUCAAUGGAGAGUAAAGACGAAGCUUCAUGGUCGUUCCCGUCGGAGUUAUCAGCCAGGAACGGGGAGAGCUGAGAAAGAGUGAAGACAAGGACUGGAGCUAAGGGUCACCGGAGAGCAUGGCGGCGGCGGUUUGAUAACGAUCUCUUUGUCGGUUCUCUAGGGCUUCUUUAGUUUUUCGGUUUAAUUGUCUGGUUUCUUAUUUUAUCUGAUUGUAUCUGGUUAACCACCAUUCCCGGUUUGGGACAAAAAUUAAUACUACUAAUUUGUUUUAAAAAAUUACUAAUAGUAAUAAUUUUUUUUUUUUUUUAAUUUUUUAUUUGGCAUGUAGUCGUGAAAAUAGUGGCAAAAUCAGUCAGUAAUUUGUAGCAAUUCAGUAGUAAAAUUUAGUGACAAUUUAGCAACUGAUCUGCGACUGGUUAAAUCAGUCACUAAACAAUCGUUAUUUAGCGACUGAAUUGCGACUGUUUUAUUUAUCAGUCGUAAAACAGUCGUAAAUUUUUGUUUAGCGACUGAUUACCUACUGUUUUUGCGGUCGGGAAAAACAUGUUUUCUUGUAGUGUCCGCUUUACUUAUUUGUCUAUUUUAGCAACUGUCAUCAUAGGUGAGGAUGAUAAAAAGGAGCUUCGCUUAAACUUUCUCGUAUGGUUUUCGACUUGCCCAAAUUUGAGAAAUAUUCGUGGGGGAGAGAGGCUUUCAAGCGGUUGAUUGCUUCAGUGAAGCGUGUAAACUUGAAUGCUAACUCAUACACACUAGAUGGAUUUGUUCAGACGCUUCAAGUAUGGGCUUACAAUGUCGUCCCAAGCCUCGGAGCAAAGAUUGGACGUCCAUCAAACAUUGACGGUCCUCCUAUUCUGAAGUUUAAAGGUCUAAAAGGAACAAAUAACAUUGAUAUCAAUCUCGUCUCAGUUGCUGAUACGGAUAACAUCAGGAAUGUUUUUAUCAAUCAGGAAUGUUUCGGAUGAUAAAGUUGUCGACAAGAAGAUUGACGCUCUCCUACAAGCCAUAUGCAAAGAAGGAGGUCUGGGACUUGUGACUUGGGUAGAGCAUGGCACAAAAAACAUCCAAAUGGAAAAGAACACUGGAGAAGAAGUUAGAGGAGAAGCUGAAGAAGAAAACGAAAAAAAAUGAUGAUAAGGAAACAUCAAGGAAACGAAAAAUAAAAGUGAGGAUAGAUAGCACGAAGAAACUGAAAGCACCAGAGUCGAGUGUUUCUGAUAGUUCUAUCGAGCACACUGAAGCAUUACACAUGAAAGCAAAACUUGAGCAACAAGCAAAAAAGGUAGAAACAUUGGAGUCUAAAUUAGAAGAGAUGGGAAAACAGCUUCAGAGCUUUGAGACAAUGAAAUUAAGGGUUGACCUUUUGGAGAAUGAAUUUAUGCUACUAAAAGAGAAGUCAAAGACUAAUGAGAUGUUCAAAGUACCACAACUUAAAGAUGAAGACAUAUCUACAGACAAAAUGUUUGCUAAGAAGGCUGUAAGAGACAGAAUGGUCGAAUCCGAUGAUGAGAGCACAGUGGAUGGAUAUCCGAUGUUGAACACUCAGAAUACGCAGCCUCAAAAAUCAUCGCCUCCAAAGAUAAUUCAGCCCACUGCUUCUAUUGCAGAAAAGUUUAUCCAGAGAAAAGUUGGGCAAACGUUAAAGGUUAUGGGAGUUGACCAGCCUAAAGUUGGGAGAGAAAAGAGCACAAGGGUAAAGAAUUUGGGACCAGCUCUACAGACACCAUUUAGAGGUAUCCUACCAAAUUUAGAUAACAACAAACAAGAUAACCAGCUAAACAUUAUGAGGGGACGUGGAUAUGAUCCCUUUGCACCAGUGGAUAUGCAAAAGGUUAAGAUUCUGGAUGAUUGGUUGCAGUUAGACGAGGAAUAUCCAAUAGGCUCUCAAAACAAUGGUGUAGAAUUCUUUAAAAUUCUCCGAACUCCUCAAAACUGGCUUAAUGAAGAGAUACUUAUUUCACCGUCGUGUGGACCCGAAGUUAUAAUGAGUUUUUAUCAGCGCAAGAUCUGCCUAUUUUCCCCAAUGGAGCACAUGAUUAUUGUUCUGGAAAACUACCAGCAUUUGCAGGGACUGGGAAAAAGUGGAUGAUCGACGUUGAUUAUAUUACGGUGUUCUCUUUGUCAAUAACAACCACUGGGUAGCGAUUUAUAUUUCUAUUCCUAACCGUUGUUUUGAAGUCUUUGACUGUGGGCUUAAAGUAGUACAAAUGAGCAGAUCGUCAAAGCAGUUAAGCCAUUCGCUCAUAUGCUACCGCACUUACUUCGAGCUUCAGCUCCACCAUCAGAAAGGCCAAAGAUGAGUGUCGAACAAUAUAAGAUUCGAAGACCACGGCAAGGGAUUCCUCAAAUGCUGAAAACAGGUGAUUGUGGAAUUUAUGCAAUAAAGUUCGUUGAGUGUCAUGCACUAGGUUCUGAGUUUAGGACACCUAUAUCUGAUGAAAAUAUCAAGAUGGUUAGAGAAAAGCUUGCCGCAGAAAUAUUCGAGGAGACUGAACAAGAUGGUCGCCUAGUUUCAAACCCGCUCCCGUUUCAAUCAAGCGAUCGUGAGUUGUUAUAUCCGUAUUGAAGUUGCAUUCUUAAUUUAUUGUUUAUGCAUUGUACGCUUAUAUGACUUUUCACUUGGACUUCAUUUUUUUUAUUGU